AUGGCUACAGAGGACCUUCACGCAAUCUCCGCUGACUGGCUCAAAAGCUUAGAGAUCGCAUCGUCCACUGGAGACGCUAAGUCAUUUGUCAGCCAUUUCGUUUCCGACGGGUGGUUCAGAGACCUUCUAUGUUUUUCUUGGGAUCAUAGAACACUAUCAGGUCUGGGAAAAAUACGCGGAUUUCUCUCGGAGGUUGUUGAUGGAAAGUCACGACUUGAGCACUCUAGUCUUCGUGACUUCAAGAUAGACGACCACACUAUCAAUGCGCCUUCACCAUUCAAAUUACCAGGUUCACAAGGCAUUGAAGGAGUACAAGGCGCUUUCACCUUUAGCAUUACGAACCCAGCUGCACUCGGACGAGGUUUCUUCCGUCUGACACAAGAUACCAAUGGGAAGUGGAAGGCUUUAACUCUUUUCACAAACAUGGAGGACCUCGUCGGGUACGAGGAGUCUUUCGCAGACCAACACGGCCUAUACGAGGAUCGAACAAUAACUUGGGAGGGGGAUGUCGACGCAAAAUUCCGUGCUAUCGAGGCGGACCCCACUGUUCUGAUCGUUGGUGGUGGACAAUCUGGCCUUAUGUUUGCAGCGCGGCUGCGUAGGUUGGGGAUCCGUGCACUCAUAAUCGAGAAAAAUGCGCGUAUCGGAGACUGCUGGCGACAACGGUACCCAACCCUCACGCUGCAUACUCCUGCGUACCAAAGCUCCAUCCUCUACAGUCCCUAUCCGACAAACUUCCCGAAGUACAUUCCUAAGGGGAAACUUGCCAAUUUCCUGGAGACAUACGCUGUUAAUCAGGAAUUGUGUAUCUGGCUCUCCAGUACCAUAACCUCAGCUCCAAUAUACGACUCAUUAUCCGCAAGAUGGACGGUAGAAGUACAGCAUGGAGAUCAGAAAGCAAUCCUCAAUCCAAAGCAUCUGGUCCUUGCCACAGGAAGUGGGAGCCCUCACAUUCCUACCUGGAAUGGGAUGGAUGGAUUCCAAGGAGCCUUGUAUCAUUCCGACUAUCAUAAAGAUGCAGAGCAGUUCCGAGGCAAACGUGUCGUCGUCGUGGGUGCGGGCAAUGCUAGUGGGGAUAUAUGUCAAGAUUUUGUAGCACAUGGUGCCGCUGAGGUAACGUUGGUCCAAAGAAGCGCCACAUGCGUUACAUCCUGCAGCUUUACCCCCAUCAACACUCCUAUCGAGGAACUGGAUUUCCGCAGCAAUUCAAUGCCUCUAGCCUUCUCCCUGCAACUGACAAAAUCAGGUGGGAUCCAACACGUGAAGAUGUUGGACAAGGAACUCCAUGACGGUUUGCGCAAGGCCGGAUUCAACUUAACUUGGGAACUUUCGCCCGGUAGUGGCGAGGUUGGACUGGAAGGAUUUUUGUUUGGCCGCUUGGGAUCAGGAUCUAGUGCGUUCGGAUUUGUUCCUGAGACGGUGCUUGACAUUGGCUGUGGUAAGCUAAUUAUCGAAGGCAGAGUUAAGGUAAAGCAAGGCCAAGACAUCAGUCACUUCAACAAAGACGGGAUCACGUUUAAAGACGGCUCUAAACUUUCAGCAGAUGUCGUCGUCCUAGCUACAGGAAACGAACCCAUCAUGAAGACCACGAGAGCUCUUCUUGGCGAUGAGGUUACCGAUCGACUUAUUCCGCCUGUGGUGUGGGGCCUUGACUCGGAGGGAGAACUUAAUCAGAUAUACCGACCCUCUGGACAUCCGGGACUUUGGUUCGCUGUGGGUCCGUUUGGAGCCGCACGUUUUUUCAGUAAACACCUAGGUCUCCAGAUCUUGGCACGAGAGCUCGGCAUAGCAUGA